AUGAAUAUCACGGCGGUUCUCCCUGAAGAGUGCUUAUCUCAAAUCAUCUCCCUUACAUCUCCUAGAGAUGCAGCAAACUGCAAAGUGUCAGUGGUGUCUCCUCUCUUCAAAUCAGCUACAGAUUCAGACGCUGUUUGGGAGAGAUUACUGCCAUCCGAUUAUCACGAGAUCGUUUCCGAUUCGGUCUCCUCCUCAGAACUGUUGGUUUCCCUUUCUAAGAAGGAUCUUUAUUUCCACCUUUGUCAUAAUCCCAUUCUCAUAAAAAAGGGCACUAUGAGCUUUGCGCUGGACAAAGAGAGUGGAAAAAAAUGUUACAUGUUUGGUGUAACAGGGCUUUACAUUACAUGGAGAGGAAUCAAAGUAAAGAUAGAGACUAAAAUUUUGUCGCCAAAGACAACCUAUGGAGUCUACGUUGUGUAUAAGUUUCCAGAGUUUGGAGAUGGUUUACAAAGAGGACCUAUACAGUUAAGUUUUUGUUUUGAAGGAAGAGAGCAGGAAAAGCAUACUGUGUUCGUCACAAAUAUGGGGGGGCCCAUCUCAAGACAGUGA